UGCGUCAGAAGUGUUCACCACCUCAACAUCAGCCGUGAAGGCAGGGCUGCGAGAUAUUAUUUGGCUUCCCUUUAUACCUAGAUCACCUGCUGCUGUGUAAAAUCCCAUUUAUAACAAAUUAUCAUGGCGACGAAAACCAAAUCAAGUAAUGAGAAGAAUGGAGUGGGGAAGAGCCCGUGUGUGGGGUCAGUAUUAAACAGAGCCCUGACUAGCAACUCUCAGUGGCCAGACAAGGAUGAAUUCUUGGAUGUAAUAUACUGGGGUCGACAAGUCUUGGGGAUAGUGUUGGGGCUUGUGUGGGGCUUUAUUCCACUCAAAGGCUUCAUUGGUCUAUUUCUGUUUUGUGUGAUUAAUGCUGCCCUAAUAUACUUCUAUGCAUCAAGUUUCCAAGGUGUUGAUGAAGAAGAAUUUGGAGGAAUGUGGGAACUUACUAAAGAAGGCUUUGUCACAUCAUUUGCUGGUUUUUUGGUUAUGUGGAUAAUCCUGUAUUCUGGGCUUCAUUAUGACUGACGGAUCUAGUGUGUUACUAUUAUAUUUGGACCACACGUCAUCUUUAUUUAGCGAUAAAAUUAACUGGGUUGAAAAUGUCAUUGAGUAUGUGAAAUAGGAAUUACAGAUAUUUAUAUAUAUCACUUAUCUUGUAAAAGAUGAUGAUCAUUAUUAAAAUCCAUAUUGGAGGUUGUUAUUAUAUUUAAUUCAAGUUCACAGUGUAUAAAAUAAUUAUUGACAAGUGUUAUGUAUCAUAUUUAAUUUGUAUGAAAUCGAAAAGAAGUGGAAGGGUUUGUUUCAUAGUAUGCUUUCCUUUUCUUCGUUGUUUUAUUAUUUAAUUAUGUUACCUGUGAUGGAUAUCAGUUAAAUAUUCAUCUGUAAUUGUAUAGGUGAGAUCUUCAUCUGACUCAUUGAUAAAGGUUUUGUAGCCAUGGAUAUUGAAGAAACUGAAUUCAUUAAUAUUGGUCAAGUCAUUUUUGAAUGUUGAAUGUACUCAUAAUCAAAUGCUAAUUUUGACAAUAUAAUUUAUGGAACAUGCCAUCUUCAUUAGGUAAUAAGAUUGUCAGUAACUGUAUGAACAUAAUGAUGUGUAACAUGUGAUAAACAUUAUAGUUUUUCUUCAAAUAUUCCAGUUGAUUUAUAUCAACCUGUUAAAUGAGUAUUUGUUGAUCUUGUCCAUCAUUAAGAAAUGCUCUGUUUAUUUAACUUUGCAAAAUUAACUUGCAAUGUUAAAUAAACAUUAUAACAUAUUUGUAUUGUAUUUGUCUAUGGCAAGAAUGCUAAUCCCCCCCCCCUUAAAUGUUUAAAUAUGUGAUGAAGAUAUUCCAUGGUACCUGAUAAUUAUCCUUGUCCAGUAUUUCUUUCUUCCACAAAAUAGCAUAACUUCAAGUUAUGAAUGCAAGAGGUGUACUUAUGAUGCAAUACUACCAUCUCAGUGGUGAAAGAUAAUUUGAUAUUCCAACAUUGCAUUAAUCAUAUAUCAUCAAAUGAAAUACAGUAAAAGAAAUUUUCAUGUUCAGAGUAAUAUAUUUAGUAAUUUUUGUACAUGCCAUACCAUAUAUUAAAGUAUCUUCAUAAAGUAAUAGCAUUUCAUUAUAAGUACUGUACAGUACAUAUCUGACCUCUCUUUAAAUCCUUGUAUCACAGUUUGCUUGUGUAUUAUAAUUGUGUAUUAUAAUUACACGCAAGUGUCCGACAUGUGAAGUAUGUUUCGUGCAUUAAGACAGUGUUGAGUGUUUGCAUGUGGGUUCAUCAUUGACAUUGUAUUUUACAGAUCCUGUAAGUUUUGGUUUCUUUCAUAAUUCAUCUGGUUUACAAAAAAAUAAUUCUGUCCCAUUUUUAUGGAAUAAAAUAUGGAAACAUC